AUGGCCAACCCAAGAGUCUUCUUCGAUAUUGAGUCCAACGGAAAGAACCUCGGACGUAUCAUCUUUGAGCUGCACGCUGAUGUCGUCCCAAAGACCGCUGAGAACUUCAGAUCUCUCUGCACUGGUGAGAAGGGUGUCGGCAAGUCUGGCAAGCCACUCCACUACAAAGGAUGUGUCUUCCACAGAAUUAUCCCCAACUUCAUGAUCCAGGGAGGUGACUUCACCAAGGGCAACGGCACCGGUGGUGAGUCCAUCUACGGUGAGAAGUUCAACGACGAGAACUUCAAGUUGAGACACACCACCCCAGGUCUCUUGUCCAUGGCCAACGCUGGUCCAAACACCAACGGUUCCCAGUUCUUCAUCACCACCGUCGAGUGCGCCUGGUUGGAUAACAAGCACACCGUCUUUGGAAAGGUCAUCGAGGGUAUGAACGUCGUCAAGGCUAUGGAGAGCAAGGGCUCCCAGUCUGGAAAGACCGCCGAGAAGAUCCUCAUCUCCGACUGUGGUCAGCUCUAA